AUGAACCCCCGGGCCCCGGACGCACUGGCGGCGGUGCACAGCGAGCUCUGCAACCUCCAGCGCCAUAUGGGCAUUCGCGAGAGGGGCGAGCCACGGCCCUAUAUGCGCUUAGGAAACGUGGCCCUCAUAUCCACUAAGCACCCCAGCCGAGAGCCUCUUGUGGUUCACCUCGGCUGUGGCAUUUUUGUGGAAAGGUCUGACUGCGCUGUCAAGGCAAGGGUGAAGAGUGUCUUGGACAGCAUAAAGAGCCAGAAGGAAAAGUUCGAUAAAAACCUGCGCGACGAUCCCCAGAAUUUGGAAGAAGGGAACUUAGCAUAUGCUGCUGUGCCCUCGGAUCUGCAGCAGAAAGCUAGAGCACCAGAAGCUUCUGUCAGAUACGAGCUUCCGCCCUUCGUUUUCGAAAAUGAUCCUCACGCAGCUGUCGUGGAACACGAAACCGCAGUGCAGAAACGGCCAAAACCUAGGAGGCUCCGCUCGCAAUUUGCUAUUGAGAGGCUGUAG